CAUUUAUUCUUUGGAGAAAUAAGCAUUACAACAAUAAUAUUAGUGCCUAAUAAGCCACUGUUCCCAUAAUAAGCUGGGUAUUAUUAUAUUACCAUGAAUAUUAUGUGUACCUAAAGCCCAGACAUGAAACAGGAAGAAUUUUGUAUGUUAACCUGUUCACAUCUCACUUGCACAGCCUCCAUGCUCGGGGAUUGUAAACCUUUUACAAGAACAUGUAAAGUUUAUUCUUGUUUGCAUGUGUUUUUUGGUUGGCCUUGAGUAUCAACAAAAAAAAUCCUUGGUUGCUUGACAAAAUUAAUUAUUUUCACAUAACAAAUAAAUGACAUUCCAUCUUAAGAUGUGUUUGUUUCUCAGACUCAGUUUUCAGAAACAGGGGGCCUACCAUGAACUCUUAUUGCAAUUCAAUUGACAACCUAAAAUGAUCUGUUUUGCUAUUUCAUACCACAACAUGAUUAGAGCUAUCUAAUUUAGGUUGACAUCAAAUCAACUGAUUAAAACUGAUUUAGUUCGUUCAUUCAUACCAUGAGGUAAUAUUUCGACCUAAACUGGAUAGCUUAUGUGUCAAAGUGAGCGAUUCGAAAAAAGGUGCUACUUAAAACAUACAGAAAAGGAAAAUUUUAUUGAUUAAAGAUGAGAUGAGAAUACUUUAUUGGUCUUUUUUGUAAAACAAAAUACUGAUAAUAAAUACCAAAAUGAAAAUACUAAAGACGAGGCAGUAAGGGCCCGGGCUAUAGCCUGUUCGCAAAAACGUAUUAAAAAAAUGUACUCUGUGGUCCUAUCAAAUCAAACAUGAAUGGAGGUGCGUUCAUAACUCGUUAUUUUACGAAAACACAUAAGCAAACAUUUAAUUUGUAAUUCAAAGUACAAUAUUUAUUUAUAUUACUAUUAUUUAAUAAGUACAAAAAAGGGCGUAAUGGUUUAUAAUUUGAAGCUAUAAAGCGCAAUUUUAAAAUGUAUUUUUAGUAUUUUCUACGCAAAAAAACCGCUAAAAUCAUAUCAUUUUAGGUUUCGAAACGCAACGCAUAUGGUUCGAGUAAGAGAGACAAACUUAUGCAACGACUGUAGAUCAUCAUCUCUUUCUCUCACUGCGGACCACAGACAAAGUUAUUUCGUUCAUUCUUCAUAAGCUUAACAAUAAGGGUUCCAUUUUUACAAUUUUACUAACGACGGCUCCCAAAAAGUUUUAAGUUUACAAUUAUUAUUUCUUGUAUAUUAUAUUAUUUAUGAAUGUAUUUUUGUUGAGGGUUUAUUACAAUAAGAUAAUGGGAGAAACAAAAAAUGAUCCAUUGCUUGGAAAGGGCAGUGUUACUGAAAAAACUCCUACGCAAGCACAUAGCACUUACUGUCUAUGUCCGCUACCUACCCUAAAACUUGUUUUUGUAGUUUGAUAGUUCAGCUAUACGCACUUGUUUAUUAAAAAUAUUAAAUUUCGUAUUACAUUCACUGUAGCAACGCCUUUUUUCCAUCAUUUCCCAAAAUAUACUACCUCGAUCAUCCCGCAGCGGACAGGGUAGUUGCGGUAUAUUCGGAGUAUUAUCGUAUCGUUCCAAAUGUGUCGUUGUCGAUUUUGCGAGUAGACCUCCUGGUACGUUACAUACAUUCCAAGAUUAAGUACUAAUAAAAUAUCAAAUAGCCUGCUAUUACUAAUCUCAUUCUAUACCACCUUUAUUAUAAGACUUUGAAAGCCAGAACUUAUUAUAAUCAUCAUAAUAUUAUUUAAGAAAGACGCUCACUAACUAACAAGAAAACUCAAGUUCCGCAAUCAAGUGGUUACGAACGCUAUGUAUUCUGCCUACGAUUUCACUUCUGGUUGAUUAACCUAUGACACAUACUAUUUGUCCUUGUCGCGCUGCAGUUGACAUCAUAAUCUCUAUCUUGCUCGAACCACCACGUUAAUAAUUCGAGAUUUAUUUGUAAAUAAGAAAUAAAAUCGUGAUAAAAUACAAAUACGACGUUCUUUUAUAUACUUUGGUACGGUAUGAAAUACCUUCACUCUUAUAUAUCUUUCAAACAUAGUGUUUACAUUUUCUUAACACACAGGUUGGCAUUUUAGAUUAUUAUUAUUGUCAAGCCACGAAAACGUUCCGCUUAGCUCGCUGCUAUUAGCCGACUAAAUGAAAUUACGACAAUUGUCUGAAUUUGUCUGCAACAUUUUGCGCGCGCUAGUCGAUAUCAACCUCUUUAUUGUAUAUAAUAUCAUUGAUAGUCUUAAUUUAUAUAAAUUACGUGACACAUUGUUUGUCCGCAAUGGACUCCUAAACGAAUGAACGGAUUUUCAUGGAGUGCACUUAAGUCAACUUGAGAGAUAGGAUAGUUUUUAUUUUUAAUUCCAAUAUUUGUUUUGUAUGGACAUAUUUUCUAUGAGAGAAUUUAUUGACGCACGGUUUGACAGUUCUGCUGUGAUACAAUUUCAUUGUAGGUUCUGGUAGAAUCGGUUGAAUAGCUACCACGCGCGAGUCGAGUUCGGAAAUUCAGUGAUCAUUUUCUUAAGGGCUUUGUGUAACGUAGCCUAUUGUUAAUUUGAUUUCAGGGGUUUCCUUUUCUCUUUUUGGUGGUGGACUUUUUUAUGUUUGAUAAGAUUAGUUAUUAACAAUUAACAUAGACAUCCGUCUUACAUUUUACUAACAACUUAAUAAUGGAUAUUUCUCCCCCGGAACCUCCGGAUCCUUCGGAUAUUCCCCCACUCGCCGGAUCAAAACGGCGCUUACACACAGAUAACUCAGCAGACAACGCUGCAAAAAAAACUAUUACUGACACGGAUCUGGCUUCUGCCUCCAUUCAGAAUGUAUAUUGUGACCCAAGUUUAGUUAUUGGUUGUAAACAAUAUACGGAUCUUGACAAAGGACCAUUUAUGAUCCAUGUUUCUCGUAUCGAGGAAGACCCUUCCUCAGGCCAAACUAUAAAACCCAUUAAAUUCGGUCAGCUACUGCAUAGGCAUAAAAUUGUAAAUAUUUGCCCUGACGGCAUCAAAAAAAUCGGUAGACAUAAAAUAUCCGUAACAUUCAAAUAAUCUGGUGAUGCUAACAAAUUUUUAGAUAGCCAUGUAUUAUCUGCCAACAAAUAUACAGCAACAAUCCCAAACUUUAACAUAACCAAGAUGGGUAUAGUCCGCCGGGUUCCUGUGCACUUAUCCAUGAAUGAGUUUGUAGAGUCAGUCAGUCUUCCCACUGGUUGUGGUAAGAUUUUAAAAGCUCGCAGAUUCAACAGAAAGGUCAUUGAGGAAGGUAAAGUUACUUGGUUACCUACUCAAACAAUUGUAAUAACAUUCCAUGGUUAAGUGCUUCCCGAAAAAAUAUUCCUCUUCCAUAAUUCUCUUCCUGUUGAAACCUACCUCUUCCCUACAAUCCAAUGCCUAAACUGCUGCCGAUUUGGCCACAUCAAAACUGUAUGCAGAUCCAACCCAAGAUGUUUCAAAUGUACUCAAGCUCAUGCUGGCAGCUCAUGUGACAUAUCUGAAAAAGAUGCUAUUUGUAUUAAUUGUUCAGGACAACACUUUGCCACAAACAAGGAAUGCCCUGAACAGGGCAGACGAAAAACAAUUAAAAUCAUUAUGUCCCAAGAGAACAUUUCCUAUGAGGAGGCUUCAAAUCGUUGCCCAAAGGUGAUGAGGCCAUACUCAGAAAUUCUCCGUAACCCCUCUGUAUCCCAUAACUACUCCACAAGUCACAUGAGCCAGACACCAAAUCCUUCUCCCACAGUCAGCUAUAAGAAAACUGUAUUUUCAUCCCUACGUUCCAAACCCCUAUUAAGUAAACCUUAUGAUCGAGCUGCUCACCAAGCUAUCAUUGCUGAUGUACCUUCAGCCUUCCCGAAUGGCUCUGCCCUAAACCACCUUGUAACUUCUUCUUCAUCAUCACAGGAUGAUAAGCUCUUGGAGGUCCUCUUGUCAAUCUUACUCUCUUUGAUAACUAAGAACAAUAUUAGCCUACCGUCCAACGUUGCCCAUCAACUAUCACAAAUCUUAUCCAAAAUUAAUGGCCCCAGUGUCUCUUCUUCAAUGGAACACCAGAAGCUUUCAUCCUAAGAAACCCAGCCUUAUACACCUAAUUAAUAAGUAUCUUCCUUCUGCCAUCGCUAUCUCUGAGACAUGGCUGGUUAUCAUAGAGGUCUUACUCAUAGAAGAAGAAAUUAGUGACUUUUGGUUACUAUGACUACAAAGCAGUUAUUACGUUGUCAUGCUUAUAAAAAGUUGUAAUUAAUUUAUAAAAUUGUUUUCUUAUAUUAAAUAAUGGUGAAUGCACUGAUUUGCUCAUAGUCUACUGCUGAUACUCUGCUCUAUCUCAUAUAACAGGUGAUGGGCCCAGAAACGGGAAUAAAAGAGAAAAAUGAGUAAUCACGUGCACAUAGAACAAUUGAAAAGAGAAAACUACGAUACAUGGAGGAUCCAUGCAAAAGCCGUACUAUUAAAACUUGGCCUUUGGAGCUAUGUUUCAAAUAAAAUUAAGAGACCAACGCGAGAAGGUGAUGCAUUGAAUGACUAUAUGGAAAAAGAUGAGUUAGCAUUAGCCGAGCUAUUUCUCAUAAUAUCACCGGGCGAAUUAAAACAAGUUAAAAAUUGUCAAACAAGUAAAGAUGUCUGGGAUACGCUAGAAAGCAUCUAUUAUAGCAAAGGUCCUGCAAGAAAAGCAAGCCUAUUAAAAGAGUUGAUAUUGAAGAAAAAGAAAGAUGGUGAUAAUAUUGUCAAUCACUUGAAUAAAUUUAUGGAUAUCGUCGAUAAACUAGCAGAUAUGGACAUACCAAUUAAUAAAGAUCUUCUUAGUAUUAUGAUGCUUUACAGCUUACCUCAAUCUUUUGAAAAUUUUAGAAUUGCAAUAGAAUCCAGGGAUGAUCUACCAGAUCCAGACAACUUGAAAAUAAAGAUAAUUGAAGAAGCUGAGGCAAGAAAAAAUAUAGCUAGUACAAGUGAACAAAACUCUGAACAAGAGGCGCUGUAUAGUAGACAACGUGGCAAAAAUAAAAACUUUAUUGUUAAAUGUUUUAAAUGCAAAAAGAAAGGACACAAAGCUCAUGAAUGCUGGUCAAAAGUGGACCGAGUUAAUAAAAAAAAUGCAAGUCUAUGUUGCUUAGAAGAAACAUGCCUAAAUACGUCUGAUAAUAAAGAAAAAAUUAAGAAAUGGUGUCUUGACAACGGAUGGUCACUAAUGAGUCAUGAAUUGAAAAGAUUCAUUAAUAUGGACAAAGCUGGUAACAAAACGUUAAGGUUAGCAUCAGAGAACUGUCUUGCACAAAUCGAAGGACGAGGUCCAGCAAAACUUUACACCUAUAAAAUACCAAAUCUGAAACUAACUGAAGCCUUGUACGUACCAUCGCUGACUACAAAUCUAAUGUCAGUUGGAAAAAUAACAGACGAAGGUGGAACAGUUUUAUUUAAACAAAAUAAUGCUAUCGUGAUGCGAAACAAUAAAAUUCUGUUAAAAGCAGAGAGACAUUCAGACGGUUUGUACUACGUUAAAGAAAACAUAGAGGAGAAAGCUAAUUACUGCGAAGCAAGCAAAAUCCAGCAAUGGCAUAGAAAGUUAGCACACCUAAAUGAAGGACAAAUGAGAAUAGCACUUGAUAAGAAAAUUAUGGAAGGCUUAGAAUUCAAUAAAAGUGACACAGUUAAAGACUGUGAAGUCUGUGCUAAAGGCAAAGCAACAAAACUACCGUUUAAUGCAUCUAAAAAUGAGCAACGUACAAAUGAAAGAUUAGAAAUUGUGCAUACUGAUGUAUGUGGUUCCAUGAGGCAGCCAUCGAAAGGGGGUUCCAAAUACUUCAUCACAUUUACAGAUGAUUAUUCAAGAUAUACAAGAGUAUAUACAAUGAAAACUAAGGAUGAAACUCUAUCAAAAUUUAAGGAAUUCAAAAAUGAGGCUGAAAGAUUUACCAAAAAGAACAUAGUAUGCUUACAAAGUGACAAUGGGACAGAAUAUAUUAACAAUAAUUUUGACAAAUAUUUGAAGGAGAAUGGCAUCAAAAAGAGACUUUCCGCACCAUACACGCCAGAACAGAAUGGUUUAACAGAAAGAAAAAAUAGGACAUUGCUUGAUAAAGCUAGAUGUAUGUUGAUAGACGCCAAUAUGAAAGAAGUUUUUUGGGCUGAAGCUAUUAAUACAGCUAACUACUUGGCAAACCGUAGUCCUUGCACAAGUAUUGAUAACGCGACUCCAUUUGAAAAAUGGGUAAAGAGAGUUCCGUCAGUAAGACGUAUAGUAAGUAGUAGUAAGGCGUUUGUACAUAAAAAUGGAAAGAAAAUGGAAAAUUUGAAGCCAGAGCGACACCUGGAAUUUUUGCAGGAUAUUCGGAAAAUCACAAGGCAUACCGGAUUUUCAACCCAAAAACAGACCAGGUAAUGAUUAGCAGAGAUGUCACAAUACUGGAAAAAAUGUUUUAUGAAAACGAGAUCAAAGGAGAACAAAAACAAGAUGUAGUUAAUAAAAAGGAAAUAGAAAUUAUAUUUUCUCUUGAAAAAGAAAAUGUAGAAGAUAAUAAAGAUUUGAAAGAACAUGAAAUUGAUAAAACUGACCAGGAAUUGAACAAUGAUGAAAUAUUUGUUGACGCAAAUACAGAAACAGAUGAAAUAGAUCCGACUAGUUCUACUGAUAAAAGACAGAGAAAACCACCAGCAUGGCAUCAAGAUUAUGAGAUGGAUGCUGAACAAUCAUUCCUCUGUGAAAUAGACGAGAACAUGGAUGAAUGGGAAGAUGCAAUAACAAGCGAGAUUGAAUCUUAUCUUAUUUUUAAGAUUACAAUUACAAUACAAUUUUCAUAGUAUUAUUUUUAAUACUAUGAAAAUUGUACACAGGAACGAAAGCAAAAAUUUGAUUGAUAGUAAAAUGAUUUUAAAAUAUAAAUAUAAUGCAAUGGGAGAAAUAGAUAGACGAAAAGCACGACUUGUGGCGCGUGGGUUUAAUCAGAAAGAAGGAAUUGAUUACACUGAAACAUUUGCACCUGUUGCAAAAAUGAGUACUCUUAGAAUACUUAUUGCACAUGCAAUUGAAAAUAAAUUUAAGUUAUCCCAACUAGACGUGUGUACUGCAUUUUUAAACGGCGAUUUAGAUGAACAAAUUUAUAUGAAGAAGCCGAAAAAUCUGGAUAAAUAUUUUAAAUACAUAAUUACACAUGGAAAAGACAUAGAGUUGAUUAAAAAAGCAAAAGAAAUGCUUUUAGAUAUAAAAAUAAUGGGAUAUGUCAACUAAACAAAGCCAUAUAUGGUUUGAAACAAGCAGGAAGACAAUGGUUCUUAAAGUUACAUGAGAAAUUGUUGGAAAUCGGAUUUAAGAAUUCUUCAGCGGAUCCUUGCUUGUAUAUAUUAGAAAAAGGAGGAGAAAAGCUGUUUGCAAACAUUUAUGUGGAUGACUUAAUACUAGCAUAUAAAUCAGAAAUGUUGUUACGAGAAGUCAAAACAAAACUGCAAAAAGUUUUUGAGUUACGAGAUAUGGGUUCGCUCCAUCAUUGCCUGGGCAUACAAUUCUCCCAUGUAGGGGGAGAAAUAACAUUGUCACAGGAGAAUUAUAUUGAAAAUUUAAUAAAUAAGUUCAACAUGGCUGAAUGUAAGCCAGUGUCAACGCCCAUGGAGACUGGUCUGAAACUGGAGAAGGGUAAUGGACUCACAGAGAUGGAGAAUAUACCAUACCAAAUGUUAAUUGGAUCUCUAAUGUACCUCGCUGUAGCCACAAGACCAGAGAUAAUGUUUGCUGUUAGUUAUUUGAGCCAAUAUAAUACAUGUUUUGAUAAUACACAUUGGCAUGCUGCAAAAAGGGUGAUUCGUUAUUUAAAAGGAACGAAGAAUGUAACCAUCAGAUAUAAACAAUCAGGAAUGGCACUAACAGGCAUGGCUGACGCUGACUGGGCGGCAUGUACCGUUGACCGUCGUUCAUAUACCGGUUAUAUUUUUAAGUAUGGUGGUGGCCUUAUCAGUUAUGCAUCAAAGAAACAAAGAACAGUGGCUUUGUCAACAGCAGAAGCCGAAUAUAUGGCGAUGACAGAAGCAACGAAGGAAGCUUUACACUUGAAAUAUCUGUUGGAAGAUAUUGGAGUUUUUCAACAAACUGUUACGAUCUAUAAUGAUAAUUUGGCUGCACAGAUGUUAGUAAACAAUCAAAUGACUGGUAAGAGAUCGAAACAUAUCAGCAUAAAGGAACAUUUUAUACGGGAUUGUGUCCAGAAGAAAUUAGUGACCAUCCGUUACAAGGACACAGAGCAUAUGGAGGCAGACCUUUUUACAAAGGCAAUACCACAGCCAAGAUUGUUAAAGCUUCUAAAGAUGAUAGGCGUCACUCAGACCUGAAGCUCAUCGUGAGGGGGAGUAUCAUAGAGGUCUUACUCAUAGAAGAAGAAAUUAGUGACUUUUGGUUACUAUGACUACAAAGCAGUUAUUACGUUGUCAUGCUUAUAAAAAGUUGUAAUUAAUUUAUAAAAUUGUUUUCUUAUAUUAAAUAAUGGUGAAUGCACUGAUUUGCUCAUAGUCUACUGCUGAUACUCUGCUCUAUCUCAUAUAACACUGGUCCCUGGAGCUCACUUCAGGGUCCCCGGCUAUAUGUGCCUUAGGGAUGAUAGAGCAGAAAGUGUUGGUGCGGUCUGCGCCUUAUUUAUAAGACGCACCCUUCCCUUUUCCCCAAUUAUCCUUCCUAAUCCGAAUCCUGGUAUAAAUAUUGUUGCAGCAAAGGUAAUGAACAUCUCCUUGGUAUCAAUAUAUGUGCCUCAUCCUCAGUCAACUAUGAUUGCAGAUAUUCUCCUUUUGCUAUCUUCUAUUCCCCCUCCUAUUAUUAUAAUGAGAGACUUUAAUGCUCAUCAUCCUUCAUGGGGUUCAAGUCACACUGACUAUUUUGCCCUUUCUCUGUUGGAUUGAUGAGAUCAAUCUCUGCAUUAUUAAUGAUGGCUCUCCAACCCGCAGGGUUUCACCUUCUCAGAAUCCCAAAAGUGCGGUUGAUCUCGCCUUAUGUUCUCCGUGUCUGGCUCCUCUCCUUUCUUGGAACAUCUUACAUAACUCCCAUGGUAGUGACCAUUUUCCUAUCAUCAUCUCUAUCCCUGACAAAGUAAUUCCACCCCAAAAAUUUUCCCCAUCUCUUAAAUAUAGAUUACUUGAUGCAAAUUGGCUUAAAUAUUCUUCGUGUCUAGAUAAAAAAAUUGCUGAGUUUCCAGUCACUAAUCAUUUUAAUGCAGUAGAUAUGAUUACUUGUGCUGACAACAACUUCCCUUUAAAAAAACCUGGUUUAAAUAAGAUUUCAAGUCCUUGGUGGGAGUGCACUGCUGCAGGUAAAGAAAGGAAAUUAGCGGAAAAAAAUUACAUUAGAAACAUGUCUAUGUCGAACUUUAUUUAUAAUAAAAAAGUGGCGGCCAAGGCUGCCCAUUUAUUUAGAAAAAUGAAGGUUGGAUUAAUUUUUGCCAGAAUUUAAAACCUAGCACUCCAUCCUCAAAUGUCUGGGAACAAGUUAUGGUUUCAGAAAGGGCAAGAGCUCCCUAGAUAGCCUGGGUAUCCUUACAACUGACAUUAGAAUAGCACUCCUCAGAAAAGAACAUCUCUUGGGAGUUUUCCUUGACAUAGAAUCUGCAUAUGAUAACGUUUCACUUCCUCUACUCAGGAGUAAACUCAACCAGCUGAGUAUCCCCGUGAAGUUAUCUCGUUUCAUAUGUAACAUGUUGAUGGAGAGAACCAUCACUAUUAAAGGUCCAUCCUCUUACCUCCCUCCUAAGUCAGUUUGGAAAGGUUUAACUCAAGGCUCAGUCCUUAGUCCCCUUCUAUAUAAUCUGUAUACCCACGACAUCAAUACUACCGUAACACCUUUCUGUCAGAUAUUGCAAUAUGCAGAUGACAUUGUCCUGUAUUCUUCUGUCAAGUCUAUACAAGAUUCAUCUAAUCAUUUAAAUAAUGCCCUUGAUUAUCUUGCUGAAUACUUAAUGCAAUAUGGACUAUCUCUAUCAACAUCUAAAAGCAAAGUAGUUUUAUUCACAAAUAACAGAAUUCUUCAUCCUAUUAAAAUUAAAAUCUACUAUUAAUAUAAUGUUGAACUACCAGUUGUUCAUAAUGUUAAGUUUCUAGGUAUUUGGUUAGAUCACAAAUUAUCAGAUAUUAUAAGAAAAUAAAACUUUAUGUAAUCUUAACACGGAUCAUUACCGUUAAACUUGGAGACACAUACUCAUAGCUUGGUAGUCUACUUUAACGUGAUACUGGCAAAUCUGCGGUGUGUCUUCCACAGAAGCCACAGUAGGAAGAAUAGAAUAGAAUUAUAGCCCAGGUUCCAAGCCGAAAUGAGCCAGAUGUUCUUGGUGAAAUAAAUUAUGAAUACAUCUUGAAGCAUUUAGAAAGCUCUGGUUACAAAGACUGGGUUGCAUUGGAGUACAAACCUGCAGGGAACACCAAGGAAGGAUUGAAAUGGAUUACAAAAUAUGGAUAUACUUUGUAAUUCUUUUGAUGUGUUUGUGAAUUUUGGAGGGGUAUAGAGGAAAAUAAAACUGUUAUGUUAAA